GAGAGGAAGGGGGCGGAAGCGGGGUAGAACGACUGGGAGGAGCCUUCAUCGAUGCUUCUGUGUUCGAGGCAUCAGGCCUGGGGAGGACCCACAUCAUAGAGACGCGGAGAGAGCGACGGCAGCGGCGACUCGGCGCGCGAGCGGAAGUGGGGGCCGGGGGCAGAGCGGCCCGGCCCGGGGCUUCUCUCGCCUCGCCCCUUGAGCCCCGCCCCCCUUCUCGACCCGGCUCCGGCUUCGGUUCCGGCUCCGUGAGGCGGCUCCCGCGGGGUGCAUGUGAUUUCAGAGUCCUUGCGGACAGAAUGACACGAUGGAUGAUGGGGGCAACCCCUUCCUUCCAGACAGUAUUAUUUACCAGAUCUUCUUGAGCCUGAGCCAUGAAGAUGUGCUAGCUGCAGGGUUGGUGUGCCGCCAGUGGCAGGCAGUAUCUCGAGAUGAGUUCCUGUGGAAGGAGCUGUUUUACCGAUACUACCAGGUGGCCCGAGAUGUUCCUCGUCAUCCAGCUGCUGUCUCCUGGUAUGAGGAGUUUCAGAGACUCUAUGACACCAUUCCCUGUGUGGAAGUACAGACCCUGAGAGAACACACUGAUCAGGUUCUCCACCUCAGCUUUUCACACACAGGAUACCUGUUUGCAUCCUGUUCCAAGGACUGUACUGUAAAGAUCUGGAACAAUGACCUGGCCAUCUCACUUCUGCACAGCUCCAACAUGAGGCCUUACAACUGGAGCUACACCCAAUUUUCCCAGUUCAACCAAGAUGACACACUGCUCCUUGUGUCAGGAGUCUUCCUGGGGCCCCACAACUCUUCAUCAGGAGAGAUUGCUGUCAUCAGCCUGGACAACUUUGCUCUCCUCUCACGAGUCCGAAACAAGCCAUAUGAUGUGUUUGGAUGCUGGCUCAAUGAAACCAACCUGAUCUCUGGGAAUCUACAUCGGAUUGGAGACAUCACAUCCUGCUCUGUGCUUUGGCUCAACAAUGCAUUUCAGGAUGUCGAGUCAGAGAAUGUUAAUGUGGUGAAACGGCUCUUCAAAAUCCAGAACCUUAAUGCCAGCACAAUCCGCACUGUGAUGGUGGCCGACUGCAGUCGCUAUGAUACCCCUGACCUCCUGCUGGAUACUGGACCCCAGCCAGCUUCUGUCGCCACCUCACCUUGCCGGGUUUUUGACCUGGGUAGUGAUAAUGAGGAAGAGGAAGGCUGGGUCCGACCCCCACCUGAGGCCCAGCCCCGUCGGGGCCCCAAGGAAGGGCUCCGGCGCUUCCUAGAUGAUAUUAUGGAGGGCCGGGCACGACCUGUCUUGUCAGAACAGGAGCUGGAGAGCAAAGUUGCGGAGUUUCUGGCCCAAAACCGGACCAAAGCCCCAGAGGCCAGCAGAGAGAACAGCGACAAGAAGAAAUAUUUGAUCUUCACCACUGGCUGCCUCACAUAUUCUCCACACCAGAUAGGAAUUAAGCAGAUCCUGCCUCACCAGAUGACAACAGCAGGGCCAGUGCUGGGAGAGGAGCGACGUUCAGAUGAGUUCUUUGACUCGUUGGAUCAUGUGAUCGACAUCCAUGGACACAUCAUUGGGAUGGGUCUAUCACCUGACCACAGGUACCUGUAUGUCAACAGCCGCUCAUGGCCCAGUGGCUCAGUGGUGUCAGACCCCAUGCAGCCACCACCUAUUGCUGAGGAGAUUGACUUACACGUGUUUGACCUUAAGACUAUGAAGGAAGUGAAGAGGGCUCUCAGGGCCCACCGUGCCUAUACACCCAAUGAUGAGUGCUUCUUCAUCUUCCUUGAUGUCAGCAGGGAUUUUGUUGCCAGUGGUGCAGAAGACCGACAUGGCUAUGUCUGGGACCGACACUACAAUAUCUGCUUAGCCAAGCUCCGGCAUGAGGAUGUGGUCAACUCUGUGGCCUUUAGCCCCCUGGAACAGGAGCUGUUGCUGAGUGCCAGUGAUGAUAAUACCAUUAAAGUAUGGCGGUCACGCACUGUGCGCAUCCACCAAGCCUCCCGUCCACGGCCCCGUCCACUCUUCUUCUCCUGGUUGGGCAGCCAAAAGAGCUGA